AACUCACCUAGCUAGCUAACGUCAGUUGUGCUAGCAAAAUAUGUAGUUUAUCUGACAAAUGCCAUUCCACUGUCAUGGUUUCCAAUUCCCAAAAUGUGAUAUUGCAUUGAAUUAAGUAUGUAAUCCUCAAUUAACAGUGUAUAAUUUUUAGAAUUUUAGUUAGCUAGCUAUCCAACUUUGAAGUAUUAGUCUUAGAAAACAGGUCAGAACUCUUAUCUCUCGAAGCCACUAUCACUUGCAUGCUAAUCAAGCUUUCCAGUCCUCAAAUGAUGCUGUUUCAAGGGGCUUCAAAGGUUUCUGUUGAAUUAGAGGGCUUUUGAGUGGGGAUUAAGUGUUUUUGUUUUGUGUUCCCAAUGCUGUAAUGAAACUUAAUCAGUCAUCUGGUUUGCUUGCUAACAUCUAUCUAGGGUUUUUUGUCCCCCAGAUCAGUACCAUGGUCACAGAAGGGGAGCCCACAGACUUGGUUAAAGUGCUGCACCUGCUGGUGCUGUCCUUCGCAUGGGGAAUGCAGUUGUGGGUCUCCUUUAUAGCAGGUUUUGCACUGGUGAAGCAGGUAACACUGCACACCUUUGGGCUGGUGCAAAGCAAGCUGUUCCCUGUCUAUUUCUAUUGCCUACUGGGCAGCAACUCUGUCAGCCUUGCCGUGUAUGCAGUCUACCACCCCAGAGAGCUGCUGGAUUGGCACGAAAGCCUGCAGAUGGCCCUGUACUUUGUGGCAGUCAUCAUGGCAGGUCUAAACGCACAGUGGUUCGGCCCGUCAGCCACAGAGGUCAUGUUCAAGCUGCGGGAGGUGGAGCAGGAGCAUGGCCUGGGGAACCAGAUAGGGAGAGGGAGCCAGAAGGAAGCCUACGCCAAACUCCGGGAGCAGGACUCCAAGUACAAGGCAUACAAGAGCACCUUUGGCCGCUAUCAUGGCCUGUCCAACCUAUGCAACCUGAUUGGGUUUAUCUGCACAACCACCAACAUAGUGUACACAGCUCUCAAUUUACACUCCAUUUAGAGAUUAUUUGUAUAUAUAUGUGGUGUUGUACUUGGUGACAGGUUUCCAAAUUGUCUGUCAACAGUGCCUUGCAAAAGUAUUCAUCCUCCUUGGCGUUUUUCCUAUUUUGUUGCAUU